UCUGACGGCGGCAGAUAAAAAUAAACCACAGAGAAGGACAGAAGAAGAAGAAAAUGGACAUUCAGACGGGUCAGGUGGUUCGUCCGGUCAGCGCCAUGGACAGUCUGGAGAAGCAGCUGAGCUGUCCCAUCUGCCUGGACAUGUUCACCAAGCCUGUGGUGAUCCUGCCCUGCCAGCACAACCUGUGUCGGGGCUGUGCCAACGACCUCUACGAGUCCAGGAACCCCUACCACUUCUCAGGAGGGACCUUCCGAUGCCCCACCUGCCGCUUCGAGGUGGUCCUAGACCGCCACGGGGUGUACGGGCUCCAGAGGAACCUGCUGGUGGAGAACAUCAUCGACAUCUACAAGCAGCAGCAAGAGAGCCAGGGGGGCGACAGCGAGGACCCCCCCUUGAAGGACAAAGACACCAAGGAGCCCAAGUGUAAGGAGCACGAGGACGAACGCAUCAACAUCUACUGCGUCACCUGCCAGACGCCCACCUGCUCCAUGUGCAAGGUGUUCGGUCAGCACAAAGACUGCGAGGUGUCGCCGCUGCACGCCGUCUACCAGAGCCAGAAGAACGAGCUCCGAGCCGCCGUGGAGAUGCUGGCCGCGGGAAACAGCUGCGUCCAAGCUGUGAUGUCGCAGAUGGACGACACCUGCAAGCUGAUCCAGGACAACGGGGAGCUGCAGAGGAGGCGACUGGGCGAGAGCUUCGACCUGCUGUACGCCAUCCUGGAGGAGAGGAAGGGCCAGCUGCUGGAGCGCAUCAGCCAGGAGGAGCGGGACAAACUGUCCGCCCUCAGAGCGCUCGCCGAGCAGUACAAGCAGCAGCUGCAGCUCAGCGCCCAGCUGCAGGAGAAGCUGAAGCAGAGCGUGCAGUGCUGCGGCGUCGCCGAGUUCCUCCUCACCGCCAAACAGCUGCAGGAGGAGGCCCAGCAGGCAGCCAGAGGAGGCCAGCUGCAGAGGCCCGAGCCGGGCUACGAGAGCAUGGAGCACCUGUGCCUGGACACGGAGGAGGUGGAAGUCCUGCUCGCUGGCAUGGACUUCAGACAGGACGACGGGGAGGAAGACUAGGAGUAACAACAGAGAGUAACAACAGUGAGUAACAACAGUAAGGAAGGACUUUGAUCAGACUGUUCUGUGUGGGAGGAAGACCAGGUGGCUGAAAGGAGGUAAGGAAACAAACAGUUUUCUGGCCUCCUCUCUCUCGUCCGGGGUCCUGGUCUUCCUCCGACAUCGUGGCGUCUGGAAGACCAUGCACCUGACAAAGUAAAAGCAGAAGAAAAGACUUGUAGGACUGAUCCUGGGCGGAGGACGACCAAAACGCCAACAGAGAACAAAAACAGUGACAUGUAAUAGUUUUAUGCUUGGAGGAAGACCAGGAGGCCGACAGAAAGUAAAAGUAAGGAAAGACUUUGACUGGACGACGUCUGGUCAAAGGAAGCUGCUGCUUCAGAAACUUCAGGUGUUUGUGGACAAAGAAACGGAGUUGUGCAAUUUUCUGGUGAAGUUUUGUUUUUUUUGUUUUUUUUUUUUUACUCGUACAAAAUGAAACAUUUUGUUUUUGACUUUUUAUACUUUUGUAUUUGGAAUGUUUUUGUCGUCACUCGAGUUUGGACAAAGUCCGGACGACACUUUUUAUUUAUCCUUUUUCGUCUCUUUGUGAAACUGAAAACUUGAACUGCAAACUUCAGACUCUGCUGUAACUUUGAAAUGUGUGAAUAAAGUUUUAUUUGAUUGUA